UGUUGUCGUGAAGUUUCAUUUUUUUUUCGAUAGCUGCUGUUCAUACACGUUGGCAAAGCAGAAAUCGGUUUCGGGAAUUGUAACUUCGGUAAAUUAUUGUUACCGAGAAAAUAAGUGUUGGCAACAAACGUUGUCUGAAAGGAGUCUAAGGGAUCAAAAUGAGGCGAGCGGGUUUGGGUGAUGGAGCACCCACAGGAAAUUAUGUAGCAAGUGGAUACAGUGUUCAUGAAGAAGAAAAUGAAAAUUUAUCCGAAGGUUUAAGAGCUAAAGUCAGUGCUUUAAAACAUCUGUCUAUUGAUAUUGGAACAGAAGUGAAAUACCAAAACAAGAUGUUGUCAGAUAUGGACUCAGACUUCGAAUCCACGGGUGGUCUGCUAGGAGCAACCAUGGGCAGACUGAAGCUGCUGUCGCGGGGGAGCCAGACCAGGCUGUUCUGCUACCUGCUGCUGUUCGCCCUCUUCGUCUUCUUCGUCCUGUACUGGGUCAUCAGGCUGCGGUGACGAAGCAGCUCGUGCCACUGCUCCGGACGACAGUCUUGCAGAGGAUGGGAGAGAAACUUCGCGAUGGAAAUGAGCCCUCUGCUCGAUACCUUUCCCCCCUCAUUUCAGCCAAGAUCUUUUAGAUCUUGACAAGGAAGCCGGAAGCCCUGAAUGGUUUGGACGAAUGACUAAGUACAGCAUUAAGUGAUUAUUACAGAUGUGGAUCAAGGAUAUUUUACUGUAUGUUAGUGAUUAUUUUCUGGACUGUGAUAUCAAAACAGUGUUUUCAUGUAUGAAACUAAAACAUGUAACAUUUGUACACAAUGUAAUAGUUGACUUCUGUCAGUAUGUGAGUUUUUUUUUUAUGAGGUCAAGGUCUUAUCAAGCCUUGUGUUACAUACCCAUUUAUAUAAAACCUGUAAACACAUUCUCAACACCGAGGAGCCUAAUAAAAGAGCCUAAAUAAGAUUUAAAAUGAUAUUACUGUGCCUAAAGACACAGAUGAUCUAUUUCACCAACUUCUAAAAUAGUUCUGUUAUUCUGUAUUCAAUAAUAAAUGAUUUAGGAAAUGUAAAUAAUAAGUAUAGUUUCUAUUUAUAUGUAUGGCAUUCUAGAAAUAAAAAAAUGAAUUCCUGUU